UUAAAAAUAAUAAAGCUCAAGUAGUUCAACUAUAUGGAACUCUUGCAAAGUUACGAUGUAAUGUUUGCACAAAUAUUUAUGAUUUUACGCUGCAAUAUUGUGAUAUUUUCAAGCAAGGUAAAGUGCUAAAAUGCACCAAUGUGAAGAGAGAAGAAAAAGAAGAAAAGCGUCCUCAUACAAUUGGACAGCUCAAACCAACAGUAAUCCUUUAUG